GAAGAAGAAGAGUCAUUCACAGUGACACCAGAGAAGAAGAAGAAAAGCCGAAUGAUUAGCAGUGCUGCUUUUCACCUGGAAGAUGGAGCUGAAGGAGGUUCCUGCUGAUGCCAUCACCCGCCCGCUGGGCAGGAACGAAGUCAUUGGCCUGAUUUUCCGUCUCACCAUAUUUGGAGCCGUCACAUACUUCACUAUAAAAUGGAUGGUGGAUGCUAUGGAUCCCACCAGGAAGCAGAAGGUGGAGGCUCAGAAACAGGCAGAGAAGCUGAUGCGUCAGAUUGGUGUUAAGAACGUCAAGCUGUCAGAAUAUGAGAUGAGCAUCGCGGCUCAUCUGGUCGACCCCCUCAGCAUGCAGAUCACUUGGAGGGACAUUGCCGGUUUGGACGACGUGAUCACAGAGCUGAAGGAGACAGUCAUCCUUCCUGUCCAGAAGCGGCACCUUUUCCAGCAAUCCAGACUGCUGCAGCCUCCAAAAGGUGUGCUGCUCUAUGGGCCACCAGGUUGCGGAAAGACUCUCAUAGCCAAGGCAACCGCAAAGGAGGCAGGGUUCCGCUUCAUCAACCUGCAGCCCAGUACACUGACUGACAAGUGGUACGGCGAAUCCCAAAAGCUUGCUGCCUCUGUGUUCUCAUUGGCUAUGAAGCUGCAGCCAUCAAUCAUCUUCAUCGAUGAAAUUGACUCGUUCCUGAGGACUCGAUCCAGUUCGGACCACGAAGCGACGGCCAUGAUGAAGGCUCAGUUCAUGAGCUUGUGGGAUGGACUGGACUCGGACCUCCACUGUCAGGUGAUUGUGAUGGGAGCCACAAACCGUCCUCAGGAUCUGGACUCUGCUAUACUGAGAAGGAUGCCCACCAGGUUCCACAUCAACCAGCCGCGUGAACAGCAGAGGGAGCAGAUCCUCAGACUGAUCCUGGACAAUGAGAGAGUGGACAAAUCAGUUGACCUCGUGGGCAUCGCCAAGGACACAAACGGUUUCUCGGGCAGUGACCUCCGAGAGAUGUGCCGUGAUGCAGCGCUGCUCUGCGUUCGAGACUUUAUCCACACUGAGGGUGACAGCCAAUCAGAGGACAUAAUUCGUCCCAUCCAGCAGUACGAUCUUCAGAGAGCCAUUGAAAAGAUGAAGAGGUCCAAAACAGCAGGUGCUGCCACCGUCUUGAUCCAUGCAGCACUAGACUAAAACCAGUUACACUUACUGCUGGUUCCAAUCCCAGCAGCAACAUCAUCAUUAUGUCUAUAGAAUUGUAUUUAUAGCUAAUAUAUCUUCAACAAUGUGCCAUUUUAUUUUGAAGCAGGAACCAG